AUACCAGUUACACAAACCGUUUUUGAGACAUUCAAAUUUUCUCUUAACAAAUUAUAAAAGUAAAAGAAUAAUAAUUAAAAGUAGUGAGGAAAAAAAAAAGGAAACUAGAGCAAGUUCGCUGCGAGAUCAAAAGCUGAUUCUUGGUAGACUUCUCUCCCUGCAUUUUACAGAAGUUGAAAUACUCAAAGAUUUGAUUUCAUUUUGUGGGAUAGUUGUUAUAUCGGUUUUUGUUGAAGAAAAUUGUGGUGAUUGUUUGAUGGCGGUGAAGACGAAUGGAUUUGUUGGAGGCAUUUGGCCGGAGGGAUUGAUGCAGCUGCUUGCGUCGCUUGCUUCGAGUUGGGGCGAAGUGUUUGAUCAUGAAGGUUUGAAGGUGCUUCAUUUGAGUGGUGCAAUGACUAAUGUGGUGUAUAGAGUUAGCUGGCCUAUUAAGAAGGGUGAUGGUGAUGGUGAUGGUGCGAGGACUGUCUUGGUUCGGGUGUAUGGCAAGGGGCUCGAUCUGUUUUUCAACCGGGAAGAGGAGAUUAGGACGUUCGAGUGCUUAUCAGAGCACGGUUAUGGGCCUAGGCUUUUGGGGCAGUUCACAGGGGGCAGAGUUGAGGACUUCAUCUAUGCAAGGACUCUAUCAUCUGCUGAUCUUCGCGAUCCUGAGACGGCCGCCCUCAUAGCAGCGAAGAUGAGGGAUUUCCACGAGCUCGAAAUGCCAGGUCCAAAAGAGCCCCUUCUGUGGAACAGAUUGAGAACCUGGAUCUCUGAGGCCAAGAAUCUGUGUAGUCCCGAGCAUGCCAAGGAGUAUCAGCUGCACAUCUUGGAGCAGGAAAUCAACCAACUAGAGGAGGCCAUAUCAAUGGAUCACCAAAAAAUCGGCUUCUGCCACAACGAUAUGCAGUAUGGGAACAUUAUGAUCGAUGACAACGACUCAACCCUCACCAUAAUCGAUUAUGAAUAUGCAAGCUAUAAUCCAGUUGCAUAUGAUAUUGCUAACCAUUUUUGUGAGAUGGCUGCAAAUUAUCACACUGAUACACCUCACAUCUUGGACUACACCAAAUAUCCAGAUGUGGAAGAGCGCAAGAGAUUCAUAAGGAAAUAUCUGAGCUCUUCAGGAAAUGAAGCAAGUGAGACAGCAGUAGAUGAGCUAGCAGAUGAUGUAGAGAGAUACACUCUAGCAAACCACAUCUUCUGGGGGCUAUGGGGGCUCAUCUCGGCAUAUGUGAACCACAUUGAGUUUGAUUACAAGGAGUAUGCAAGGCAGAGGUUGGAGCAGUACUGGCUGAGAAAGGCAGCAAUCUUGAAAGUGGGAGGCGACGGCGACGGCCACGGCCACGGCCACAGCAAGGACUCCAGUACUGAUAUGUAGGAAGAGCCAAGAACGUGUUCAUUCUUGAAUCCCCAUUUUUUCACAAAAUUUGUGUAUAAUAUAGUGAGAUAAGUGUUCAAUAUAUAGUCUGAGCAGCAACCUGUGUUAGUAGUUUUUGAUGAAUUCAAAAGCAGAUUUUUUCCCAAUGGGAGAUAAUACAACUCUUCACUCUC